AUGUCUGUUCAAAAUACUGAGGAAUUAGUAGACUACGAGGAGGAAGAGACCACAACAAGAAUUGAGGAGGAGUCUAGAGCAGAUGAAGGAUCUAAGGUGGGCAGAGGUAAUUACGUAGCUAUUCACGCAUCUGGUUUUAGGGACUUUUUUUUGAAACCAGAAUUAAUUAGAGCCAUAGGAGAUGCAGGGUUUGAACAUCCUUCUGAAGUACAGCACGAGACAAUUCCUCAUGCUAUCACAGGCGUUGACAUUUUAUGUCAAGCCAAAUCGGGAAUGGGGAAGACAGCAGUUUUUGUUUUGUCAAUUCUUCAGCAAUUAAAUCCUGACGAGGAGAGUAAGAAUGUUGAAUGUAUUUGUAUUGGACAUACUAGAGAAUUAGCUUUCCAAGUUAAGAACGAGUUUGAUAGAUUUUCAAAGUACCUUAAAAAUGUGAAGCCUCAAGUAGUUUAUGGAGGUAUCCCAAUACAGAAAGAUAUUGACAUGCUUUCAAGUUCUACGCCGAAUAUCCUAAUUGGUACUCCUGGAAGAAUAAUUGCAUUAAUUAGGCAGAAGAAGUUAGUCACUGAGGGAAUUGCUCAUUUUGUUUUGGAUGAAUGUGAUAAGUGCUUGGAGUCUCUUGAUAUGAGAAAAGACGUCCAGGAGAUCUUCAUGAGUACUCCAAGAAAAAAGCAGGUAAUGAUGUUCAGUGCUACAAUGACGAAGGAGAUCAGAGAUGUUUGCAGAAAGUUUAUGCAAAACCCAGUAGAGAUUUUUGUUGAUGACGAGACAAAGUUGACAUUACACGGUUUACUACAAUACUACGUAAAGUUAGGUGAAUCUGAGAAGAAUAGAAAACUCAACGAUUUACUUGACCAAUUGGAGUUUAACCAAGUGAUUAUUUUUGUAAAGAGUGUCUCUAGAGCUCAAGCACUACAUAAACUUUUAACAGAAUGUAGCUUUCCAUCAAUUUGUAUUCAUGCAGCUCUUAGUCAACAAGAAAGAAUCUCAAGAUACCAGCAAUUCAAGAACUUUGAGAAGAGAAUUAUGGUUGCAACCGACUUAUUUGGAAGAGGUAUUGAUAUUGAAAGAGUUAACAUUGUAAUUAAUUACGAUAUGCCCGAAAAUACGGAUUCUUAUCUUCAUAGGGUUGGAAGAGCCGGUAGAUUUGGUACAAAGGGUCUUGCAAUUACCAUGGUUUCUUCCCAGACAGACUCUCAAGUACUUAACGAUGUACAGAGCAGAUUUGAAGUCAACAUUGCUGAAAUGCCAAACCAGAUUGAUACUUCCUCCUAUAUCAAUCAGUGA